AUGCAUACAGAAGUUGAUGUAUUCGUCAGUAAUUUUACUCUUAUCGAUCCUGAAAUAUACCAGUUAUGGAUAGAGGGAUGCUCCUCUAGUGAGGCUGUGUCUACUUUACAUAAACGAGCAGUGGAGAAACAAACAGGAGCAACAGUGGACCUCAUAGCUAGUGAUGUUUUGGACCACUAUAGGACCUUUGCGUUGCUUGAGAGGUUAUUGACAGUUCCCUCAAAACUGUCGGAGCAGAUGAUCUUCCAGAUUGACGAGCCUACAAAACAAAUGCUAAUUGAGAAGUAUUAUGAUCUUGAUGAUGCAGUUAUCAGAGAGUUACUUGGCAGAAAGCUGUCUUCGAGGCACAGAAAGGAUUUAGAUGAGGUGGCGGAGCGGUCGGGAGCCCCGCUGCGCUGCUGCCGCCGCCAGUUCGACAACGUGCGCCGCGUCUUCAAGGCGGUGGAGGAGAUGCCGGGCAACGUGGUUGCCAACAUACGCAACACCUUCCUCAUAUCCGAGCCGCUCGCCAAGAAAUAUGGAGCGGUGGUGUUCAUCGCGUGCAUGCGUUUCGAGACCACCAAGCGCAAGCUGCAGUACCUCACCUUCAAUGACUUCUUUCACUGCGCACAGGCGAUCAUGGGCAGCUGGACGUACAGCUGCACGGGCCCGGAGUACUACGACACGGAGAUGGACCGCGAGUUCUUACUGGAACUUCGGGAACUCCGCAUCCUGCUAGACAAGGAGAAGGAGCACAAACACCUCAUCUGCAUGCGGCUCAAACCCAAGCUGCUAGAGAAGUCCUACCAGGAGCUCGAGCUUAACUUCAGGCUGUACACGAGGGCGCUGGUGGGGCUGGCCUGCAACCUGCACCGCGCACGGGAACUGAGAUCACUCUUCAUAGAUCUCCUCGAGAGGUGUGUAGAGCCGUUGAGGCUGGGUUCUUGGCCCAAAACCGACCUGGCACAGUUCCUAUGCGCGUACGAGCAGUGCGCCCUGCAGAUGGAUGUAUUGAGGGAGGCGGAUCUAAAGAGCGUGUGGGAGCGCUACAUGCGAGUGGUGAGCCAGUGCCUGCUCACCAUGUACCACCCGUAG